GACCGGCGGGUCCUGCCGGGUCGGGGCCUCCCCAGGCGGGUCGGGCCGGGCUGGGCCGGGCGCUCCUGGGGGACCGGGGAGGGCAGUCCCGGAGCCGGGAAGGGCCGUCCCGUCAUUGCGGGCAGCGCUGUGGGUGAGGAGCGGGGUUUGUGCAUCGAGGCCGGUCCCCAGAUGGAAGAGUUCAUGCUUACUGGUUUGCAUAAUAGCAGAGGCUAAAUAGGCAUGAAGGAGACUAUAAUGGGGAUGAGAAGUGUCAAAAGAGAAGAAAUGAAUCCUGCAAAUGAUGAUACAGUGUUUGGGACCAUUUUUGACUGGGACUAUCUCUUAUGGGAAAUUCGUUUGACAUUUUUAGCUGCUGGUUUUUUAAUCUACUUGGGAGUAUUUCUUCUGUCUCACUGGUUGUCUUCUUGGAGAAGUACCACUUACCGUGCCUUGUAUGCAAAAGAGAAGGUGUUUUGGAAUAUGGCAGUCACACGUGCUGUGUUUGGACUUCAGAGUUGUGUUGCUGGGUUAUGGGCUUUGCUCAUAGAUCCCGUUUUUCAUGCUGACAAAGUCUAUUCACAGCAAAACUGGAGUUGGUUUAACUGUUUAAUAGCAGCUGGAUUUUUCUUGCUUGAAAAUGUAGCAGUUCAUGUGUCCAACAUUAUUUUUAGAACAUUUGAUGUUUUCUUAGUAGUUCAUCAUUUGCUUGCUUUUGGUGGCUUGGCUGGUUUAGUAAUUAAUGUGAAAUCUGGACAUUAUCUGCCUUUGAUGGGAAUGUUGCUGGAGAUGAGUACUCCCUCAACAUGCAUUUCCUGGAUGCUUCUAAAGGCUGGCCGUGCUAGCACCUUUUUCUGGAAGGCAAACCAGUGGGUGAUGAUCCAUCUGUUUCACUGCCGCAUGAUUCUUACCUACCACAUGUGGUGGGUGUGUAUUUUCAAUUGGAAUUCUAUUAUAGAAAAUCUGGGACUUCUUCACUGUAUCGUUUUAUUCUCAGGAUUAUUUGCUGUCACACUAAUACUUAACCCAUACUGGACAUACAAAAAAACUCAGCAACUCCUCAGCCCAACUGACUGGAACUUUGAAAAUAAAGCAGUGGAAAAUGGAAAACUAAAUGGUGAAACACAUCAAAAGAAGAGGAUAUAGUACUGAAGCAACAGUUUCCCAGCAGAGUAACAGAAGAAUACAAUGCAAAGUCAUUCUUUACAUGAGAACUAGAAGAUUUUGCAGGGAGCUCCAUUGACACAGUGACUCCUUGCUGGUAGCACUCUGUACGCAUCACAAGCAUUGAAAAGCAUUGUUUGUGUUUCUUAUGUGUAUACAUAUACAACUUCAACCCUUGUUAUGAAUUACACCGACAGUUUGUCAGAUUGGACAGUAUUUCAUAAUUUCAUAGUGAUGUAGUAGCGAUGCUCCCUAAUGGCAUGGGUUUUUUCCUAAUGCUUUAAAGUGGCUUUACAGUAAGUCAUCUAUUAAGCUCGGCUUGAAUCAAGUUUAGCUUGAAUCCUAUUUCACAUAUGGUAGAGAUACUGAUACUGAAAAUUAUGUUAAAUUGUUUAUUAAGAUCAAUUAUGAUCCAAGUUAGGUAUGCAUGGAUACCUAAUUCCUGUAUGACAGUGAAUCAUUCCAAGCGGCAGAACUGGUCAGUGAUAGAAUGCAGUCAUCCAGGGUUCAGGAUUUGUUGUUGGUUGGUUUGUGGGUUUGAGGUUUUUUGGGUAUUUGCUUUUGUUCUUUUUUUCUUUUAAGUGCACUUAAGGAACAGGAAAAUAAUUGUUUGAGUGUUUGCUCACUCGAAGUUGUAGUUUUCAGGUUGCCCUCAGUAUGGGAGGAGUUCAUAUCAAAACCAUGCAUGUGGAGAUCCAUGCAUUUGCCACAUGAGUGGUCUGGUAGGUAAUCAUAGUGGCCCCUUCUGGACUUGAAAUCAAUGAAAUACAAGUGGCUACACCAGAAGGUGACUCUGUAUCAUCCUUGGAAAAAAAUGCUGCUUGAUUAGUAAAAUUAUUUUGUUUGUAGGUCCCACAUGGGGGGUCAUGCGAUUAGCUCCACUAGUGCUUCUGUUAUGGUUCCUCUUAUUUAUUGGAAUGCACUUAGUUUUAGAUGGUUUCAGAAUCUGAGGUGACUCCUCUAUGGAGGAAAGCCUGUAUCAACCUCCUGUAGUUCAGUUGUUUUAAUAUUUUUAUUUAAAUAAAGAACAUACCAAUGACACUAAUGAUCCUUUGCAUGUUAUCUGCCACAUCAGAAAAAUCUUUUCCUUGACCUGAGAAACUGGAUUGUUCUUUAGGUAGGGACGAAUGGUGAUGGAUGUCCUCCUACUUUUUGUAGUUUGAUGGUUCCUAGGUGAAGUUUUGGAAAGUGAACGAAGGGAUAAAAAUCAUGAUAGAAGAGAGUGACGCCUAGUGGCAGGAGAAUGACAGGGGUAUUCGUUUUGGUGCAUGGAACAAAUGAGAUUAAAAAAAACGGUUUAUUGGAAUUCUGUGUGACAUGACUGCUACACAGAUUUAUUUCCCAAAGCAUUAAGGCUGGGCGAGCCCAGGCUGUGAAGAAUUUCAGAUCAAGCCAUGAAUUAGAGACUUUGUAGACUGAUCUAUGGUGGAACAUAUUGUUUUAAAUGUGUGAGGGAAGCACUCUUUGGUGUAAGCAGCCCCAUUUUAUUAAUUUUUGGUGGGUCUUUGAUUUGUUCUGAGUGAAGGGGAUGGUCGGGUUGCUGUGUUCCUAAUUCACUCUGUGACCACAAAGUUGAAUUACUGUUCUAUAAUGGGAAGGAAACUUCUUACUUUAGGUUACAAAUAUAUAACCAGGUCUUGCUGAUAAUGAUGAAGUGGUGAAUAUCUGAAAUUGUCCAUUCAAAACCAGGCUGAGAGGUUCACAGUAAUUUUACACAGAACCCUGUCUGUUAUUGUGCUGAUAUUUAAUAGAUAAAAUCUAAAUUUGGAGCUACCUUCUUAUUUCUAAGCUAGGCAGAAUGAAGUAGCGGUGUUACCUGCCUGGGCACCAUCCUAUAGUAAAAAGGGUUCUCAAAAGUUUGAAAUGGUGUACCUGUCUUGAGAUGUUGUGGGUGGGAGCGUAAUGUUAAAAGUACUUUGGAAAAAAACAGAGGGAUGAAUUCCUUGGCUGUGGAACCAAAAAAUAUGAUCUGAAUGCAUAUCUUGCAGAAUCCAAACCUCACAUGCAGGAGUUCCAGGGAGAAAGGCAGAGAAUAAGUCACCAGGAUUCAGAAUGAUGGUGUACUCUAUGAAACUUAAAACUUGAAGGUUUGGAUUCGAUAAAACAAGGUAAUAAUUGUUAAAAUCCCAGCUACAGAAUUCUGAUGAAUCCUAGAAAAUGGAAGUAUCAGAAGUAGUUUGGGAUGAGUUUGUAAUUCCUAUAGUGGCUGGCUAAAGGGUGUAAAGUUCCUGUGUGCUAAAAUAAAAGAGUAUGGAGGGUGGGGGUUAGUAGUGAAUUCAAACUGAAAAAAGACAGCUGGAAAUGUCAUAGCAUUGGAUGUCUAAAGUUUAAUAUUUUAUAUUAAUUUGUAUAACUUUAUUAAUUGAAUUUAAAAUCUCAUUAAAAUUGUAUUUUUAUCAUAAUAAUGCAGUCUUUUUAGUUUGCAUCCUAGUGUGAGUUUUUUCACAAAAUGCCUGUUAGGGUUUGCAUGUCUUAACUAUAUAAUGAAUAACAUUUUAGAGCCCCUGUUAAUAUAAACACUGGUAGACCUGCUAGAACAAGAAAGCUAUGCAAUAAAGCAAAUAAAAGCACUUUAUUUCUGUUGGUUUAAGAGCACUAUACAGUCCAGCUAGAAAUACAACACAACAAAAAUACAGGCAACCUAUCUUCUUCAUGGCUUAGUGUUGGAGUUACCAGUUCUGUUACACAGAGCCUCUUUUUUUGUACUCAAGUAUAAAAGGACUUCUUAUAAGGGCAUGUAGUGAUAGGACAAGGGUAAUGGCUUUAAACUAAAGAGGGGAGAGUUAAAUUAUAUUAGCAAGAAAUUGUUCCCUGUGAGGGUGGUGAGGCACUGGAACAGGUUGCUCAGAGAAGUUGUGGAUGCCCCAUCCAUGGAAGUGUUCAAGGUGAGGUUGGACGGGGCUUUGAACAACCUGGUGUAGUGGAAGGUGUCCCCGCCUAUAGCAGGAGGGUUGGAACUAGAUAAUCUGUAGGGUCUCUUCUGGGAUUCUUCACUGUCUAUUGACUGCUCUCUUUAGGAGGAUUUUCUGGUUUAUGAUUGUGGAAGUCGCAUUGCUCUGAAACAAGUCUGAAAAAGUUCUUGAAUUGAGGGUUUUGGUGUCUAUUAACCCUUGCAAUUAAGUCCUCCUUUUCAGCCCAAAGGUAGAGUAGCCAUAUCUUGUUUGUAAAUUUUGUUCAAGUGAAAUUAAUCCCAGUCCUGUUGGGCCUUACACAGUCUCAUCCACAAUCCCAUUGAGAAAAAUUCAGUCAGCUUCAGUAGUGGCUGGAUUGUGUCACAGGAUAUGCUGCUGUGGAUUUGGAGAACUUGAAUAACGUGAUUUGGGGUGAAACAUUUGUUUGCCAAGAUGACUGGUAGAGCCUUGGCUCUGCUUACUUGUUGAACAAGCUUAUUUGAGGAGUGUCACCUUUCUGGCUGAAGCUUUUUUUUUUAAAAAAAAAAAAACAACAAACAAACAAACACAAAAAAACCCAAACAACAAAAGCCCAAACCAGGAAACUGUGGUAGGGAUAAUGGUGUUCAUUUGUUUUGUUUUGGUUUUUUUUGUUUGUUUUUUUGAAGAAAAAUGUAUGAUUUGAGACACCUUGUCCAGUCAUCUGGUUCUUACUGUCUUCAUACAACAUUCCUAAAUCACAGUUUGAGUUUUCCUCCAUUUCUAUCCUAUGUUUUUUUCCAAAACUUGUCAUUGUUUUCCCCCCUGAACCCACCAAUUUUUUUUAUUUUCAUUCUUGCUUGCAGUACUGGUCAUGAUCUUGGAGAAGUCAGAUUUCCACUGCAUUAUUUUCAUCUCGUAGUUUUCAGUACAUACUGUCAGGCCCAUCUUCCACUAGAUAUCCAUGUCCAAAUCUUGCAGAGUGCUUUUGUGUUUUCAUGAUAACAUGGAUUAAUAUUGAUGUGAUAUGCAGUUAUAAGAAACCUUCUUUAACCUCAGGGAGACCCCCCUUAAAGUGAAUUUUAAAAGUGUUAAGCAAACUCAAGUCUGCUCUUGUACAAUAUAAUGUUUGUUGAAAAGCAUCUUUACACUGUAAAUAAAGUAUUUUAUUGAAUAGCUGUCUAUAGUGAGUUUCAUUUACUGAUUAAAAUAAUGCCAGUUAUUUUUUACUUGCUAUUUGUAGCUUAAACAGUUUUUGCAGUGCAUACACUAAAAAAGUUAUUUAUUUUGAAAUGUUAAGCUUGACAAAGGUAAUGUCAUACUCAUGGAAAUAGCUAUAAAAAUCUUGUAAACCAAUGUCUCU